AUGAUUUGGCAUAGGACAUUGGUGGCUUCGCUCCUGGCGAUGGGGGCCCAGGCUGGAAUUGGCGACAUGGUGGCCGAGGGCAUGAUGAGGGGGAGUCCAUCCGUCGAGAGGAGGUUACAAGAAAUCGCAAAGGCAAACAUCUUGUCAAGAGGAUACAUGGAGAUCAGGCAAGCACCGGGACUGUCAACGGGCAUUGGCAGCAACACACCCGUGAAUCCUGACGGGACCGUCGACAUGGAGAGGUGGAAUGAGGAAGUCAACCAAGCUUGCAGAGACUCGCUCGAAACUCUCAACGUGGCCUCGAACCCAUCAGGCGCCUGCAUCUGUUACAACCUCCCCGUCCUCAACAACGUCACAGGCACCUUCGAAGCCGACCUGAGGCUUUUCCAAAUUAGCCCACCAACCGGUGACUUUCAGGGCAUUCCGCAGGAGCAGAUCAACGUUGCACUGAGUUACAACGGCGCGUCGGUCGCCGAGAAGGAGGGAGGCGCUGCUCGACAAGGCCCAGAACCAGCCGAGGAAGGGAGGCUGCGGCUACUCCGGUCGUUCCUGUUUGUUGGUCGGAUCAACAAUGAUGCAAUGGGAGGGGAGGAGAUUCCCAUGGCCCAGCUGCAAGCUCUAGUCAUGCCCAUCGUCACGUUGUCCGCCGUCAACGCAGACGGCCAGACGGUGGCCACCAACGUGUCAGUGAACGAGGCCGCCUUCGUUUCUGGUGUCUUUUCGCAAGAGGUCGUCAUGAGUACCUUCCGCCUAGCCGAACUUGCUGUGGAGGAAGAAGUUGCUCGUCUCAAGAACGGCACCACCGCUUUUGUCCUUCCCGGUGUGCAGCUGCUGAUUUUCCCCAUCGGUCUUAUCAUCACGAGCAUUUGGCUGGUCAUUGGUGUGGCUGCCUAUGGCAUGGGCACUUAUGCGCGGUACAACUUCCGGGAGUCUCACAGAAGGAUGGUGGCGAAGACACAGAAGGGGACCAUGGCUCGUUUUUAA